ACACUCCUCUAGAGGGACAAUCAACAAGCAGCUCGAUCAAUUCCAGGUUUUAGUCGUUUGUCUUUGUGCGCGCGCAGCCUCGCUCGAGCUAACAGGUUGAACCGAGACACACCUGCAGGGACCAGAGAAGGAAGCCUUGUUUUCCCCCCCAACACCAUUCUGCGCUCCAUCUUUGACCUCGGCGGACGAAGGAGGGACGGAAAGCUUUUCCUGGUCUUUUCCGGUUUUUUGAUCCAUUUCAUCAUGAAAAUGUGGAUUGUUCUCGUCCUCGUUGCCUUCGCGGCCGGAGCCUCAGCCCAAUCUUGUUCAUGUGAAACAAUGAAGUGGGCCACCUGUGAUGAUGCUCCAUGCGCUUGUAACAUUCUGACCGGCGACAACAAUAGACAACCACUGAACUGCACGUCACUGAUCCCCAAGUGCUGGUUGAUGAAGGCCGAGAUGUACCGAGCCAAGAAGGGCCUCGACACACGUACCGGCGGGAAGCCGGUGGAGUCGGCCUUUGUGGACAACGACGGCAUCUACGACCCGGAAUGCCAGAGUGACGGCAAGUUCAAAGCCAGGCAGUGCAACAACACCGAGGAGUGCUGGUGCGUCAACAGCGCCGGCGUCCGUCGUACCGACAAGGGAGACAAGACUCUCGUGUGCGAGAAGCUGGUGGAGACUCACUGGCUCCGUCUGCAGCUCACCCACAAAGCGUUGACUACUCCAUUAAAGGCCGCCGAGCUGAAGGAUGCCAUCGCCGAUGCCAUCAAUAGACGUUACACCAACUUUGACAGGAAGCUGGUGGAUAAUGUUGAGUACGACGCAGAUUCCCGCCUGAUCGUGGUGGACGUGAAGAAGGCGGAGGGAGAACGCCAGACUGAACUGGCCAAUAUGGCCUACUACAUGGAGAAAGACGUGAAGGUGUCUCCCUUGUUCAAGAACCCGAACAAGUUUGCGCCUGUGAUCGGUGGCCAGACACUGGAGAUGGAGAAUAUCCUGGUGUACUACGUGGACGAGGAGCCACCCACCUUCACCAUGAAGAACCUGUCGGCCGGCAUCAUCGCAGUCAUUGUGGUGGUGGUGCUGGCCGUGGUCGCCGGCCUGCUGGUUCUGUUCUUUGCCAGAAAGAGACAGAAUCAGAAGUACAACAAAGCCCAGCAAAGGGAAAUGGAUCCCAUGUAAAGUCUUCGUUGCAGUGGGGAUCUAUGGAGAAUCAGCUUGUAUAUUUUGGAAAACUUUUUUUUUUUUUUUUUUUUUUUUAGCAGUGGGAUUGUGCCAAUUUUCUUUUUACCCUUUUUACUUGAGAAAUACAGAUUGAUUUUUUUUUCUUCCUGUCACAGCUGGUACACCAUUAAUUUAUAGACUAAAGUGUUGAUGCAACGCCCCUCAUGCCAUAAAGAACAUAACCUUUAAAACAUGCUAGUCACAAUGCAGCAUUUUAAUGUUAGAAUAUGCUGAAUAGUCUGAAAUCUUCUUAGAUUGUACAGUUUCCUACUAAUGUGUUUUGGUUUGACUUGUCUUUUGUAAUAAAAUCUUUUUAAAGACA